GCUGUAAUCCCCAGAAGAUUUCCGAUCGGAGCUCCGACCUCGGCAAUCAAUCGGAACGUGGAGGGGCCUUGUAACAGCUAUAAGAGGCUGCUGAUGGCAGACGGUCGAGUUAAUCCCCAGGCCAUCCAACAUCCACCUCAUCUGAUACUCAAUCCACUCCAUCUCCCUCCUCAGAAACGAAGCAUAUAUAAAACUAUCUAAAUAGAAUUAAAAAUAGAUAAGAUGUCUCCUCCUGUAGCCACCGAGUCCAUGUACAAACCUACUACCAUCGGCACUGAAGCCCAUGACCAAGCUUUGGCUGCCAUGAAAUCCAACCAGGCUGCCCCAGCCAAGCCAGUCUUCAAGCCGGAACCGGCCGUGAACUUGGAGCCUAUCAAGUUCGCUCCUAUCAAGGAGCACCAAGUCCAACGCGCUAUGGUCCGCCGUUACUUCCAAGACAUGGAAGAGCGUGCUAUCUCUGACGUGAUCAUUGUCGGAGCCGGUUCGGCGGGAUUGUCGUGCGCCUAUGCGCUCGGCAAGGCCCGCCCGGAUCUCAAGAUCACCAUCCUCGAGAGCAAUGUUGCUCCUGGCGGUGGCUGUUGGUUGGGUGGCCAAUUGAUGAGUGCCAUGGUGUGCCGAAAGCCUGCCGACAAAUUCUUGGAUGAAGUGGGUGUACCCUACGAGGAUGAAGGUAACUUCGUCGUCGUCAAGCACGCUGCGUUGUUUACCUCGACCGUCUUAUCCAAGGUAUUGGCGAUGCCCAACGUCAAGAUGUUUAAUGCCACCGCAUGCGAGGACUUGAUCAUCAAGCCUUGCCCAAUCAACCCGGGCGUCCAACGAGUUGCUGGUUGUGUCACCAACUGGACCUUAGUCUCCCUUAACCAUGAUCACCAAUCAUGCAUGGACCCAUCGACCAUCACUGCCCCACUUGUCUGCUCUUUCGCCGGACACGACGGUCCAUUUGGUGCGUUCUGCGUCAAGCGUAUUGCCUCUGCUGGCUUGAGCGAGGGCCUUGGAGACAUGCGUCCCCUCGACAUGGAGCGUGCUGAGGACCACAUCGCCAACAAGACUCGUGAAAUCGUUCCCGGAUUGAUCGUCGGUGGAAUGGAAUUGAGCGAGUUUGACGGAAGUGCUCGAAUGGGACCUACCUUCGGCGCCAUGUUACUCUCUGGUAAGAGAGCUGCCGAAGUGGCGCUUCAAUCUCUUGGUCGCGUCAAAGUCGAAGAAGGUGAAGUUGUUGGCUCGGCCAAGUGAAAGUAACUUCUACGAGACGAGGAAGUCCUGAGCUUUCAGGGCUAGACUGUAGCCCUCUUUUGAGAGAUGAUGAUGAUGAUGAUGAUGUCCAUGUGUGUGAAGUGUAUGACUAUCACCUCGUUAUAACGAAGGUUCAUGUUUAUCAGCAAGAAAGCUACAAAAAAAAACCCCAAAAAAAUCUCCCAAAUUGUUUACACCUUUCAAAAUACAUAGCAAUUUAAACAACCAGCAGCAGAUGAUUGCUUAUCAUG